AUGAACCCAAAGGGUUACACCAUAGACAUCUUUGAAGCUACUCUUAACGAGUUGCCAUAUUCAGUCAUCCCUGAAUACUUCCAUUUCGAGUCUCCAGAUGAUGAUGACUACAACAAUUUGGUCUAUCAACUCCAUCAUAGUGAUAGCGGGCGCACAGGUCUUUGCAUGCUGACUUCACGUUACCGUUCACAGAGUCUGGAGUGUCUAUGCUGUGCCAUGAGAGAUAAUGAGAACAAGAACAUAUGGGUGUUCCUCCAACCCUGGAGUCCAGGCCUAUGGGUCACCACCGGGGGUUUCUUCGUCCUCAUUGGUUUUGUUGUGUGGCUGUUUGAACAUAGGAUCAAUGACGACUUCCGUGGACCGCCUCAACACCAGAUCGGUACUAGCUUCUGGUUCUCCUUCUCUACCAUGGUCUUUGCGAACCGUGAAAAGGUGGUAAGCCCCUUGGCAAGGUUUGUGGUGAUUGUGUGGUGCUUUGUGGUGCUAGUGCUGACUCAAAGCUACGAAGCGAAUCUCACAUCUGUCCUGACGGUAAAACGUCUAUACCCAACGGCCAUAACUGUUGAAGAUCUCAUCAGACAUGAGAAGCCUGUAGGGUACCAACGCGGUGCUUUCGUUAAAGAUAUUUUAAAAGCUCUGCAAUUUAGUGAAACUCAGCUCAAGGCUUUUGGUUCCGCCGAAGAAUGUGACGAGCUCUUUUCCAAUGGGACAAUUGUAGCAGCUUUCGACGAAGUGGCAUACCUUAAGGCUAUUAUCUCUAAGUACUGCUCCAAAUACGCCAUGGUUGAGCCUUUCUUUAAAACCGCUUCCUUUAAAACCGCUGGUUUUGGCUUUGCAUUUCCUAAGAAUUCACCUCUGACGGAUGAUUUCUCAAGGGCUAUAUUGAAUUUAACUCGAGAUAAUAAAAUGGAAAACAUCAAGAACGAAUGGUUCAAGAAAGAAAGUAACUGUUCUGAUCCAAAGACAGAACUUUCGUCCAACCGUCUCAGGCUAAGUAACUUCUUGGGUCUGUUUUUAAUAGCAGGCAUUGCUUCGUUCUUGGCCUUUCUCGUCUUUGUAGCUCUCAUCUUGUACGAACACAGGCACACGCUUUGGAAUGAUUCCAAAGGUUCCUUGUGGAGAAAGCUAAUUUUUUUUUUCAGAAUCUUGGAUGAGAAGGACAUGAAUUCGCAUACGUUCAAGAACAAUGCCGUUCAUAAUGUGAUCUCGCCAAUAACUCACCGCACUCCGAGUCCUUCCACUGUGCAGAUGACCAGACCAUGGCCACGUAGCAUGUCAUUAAACAGGAAUUUUGAGCUAAGAAGGGCCUCUUUAUUCAUGAGCGAAGAACGUUUCACAACGCUAACGAAACAUGAUGAAAAUGGAGAAUCUGAUAUGGAAUCUGGAGCUAAAUGA